AUGUGUCGUUGCCCCAGUUGCUCCUCGAUCCCCUCGCCUCCCGUCGUCGCCUCCGCCACCCCAAUUGGGAAGCGUUUGUCCUUAUCGCCACUACCCACGUCGCCAUCGACACCAUCGAGUGUAGCAACUCCCCCAUACGCCCUCGCUCCUUCCAGCCCCAGUGAGUGCAUACUGAUCUCUGUUUACCCCGCAAUCUAUUCUCCUUUGCCUCAUCUGCUUCCCCCUGCGUCCCACCUCCCUCCGCCCUGCUUCCCCCCUCCCUAUGCCCCGCUUCCCGCCUCCCUCCGCCCUGCUCCCCCCCUCACUCCGCCCUGCUUCACUUCUCCUUCUGCCAUGCUUCCCCCCUCCCUCUGCCCUGCUUUCCCCCUCCCUCCGCCCUGCGUCCCCCCUCCCUCCGCCCUGCUUCCCCCCUCCCUAUGCCCUGCUUCCCCACUCCCUCUGCCAUGCUUCCCCCCUCCCUCCGCCCUGCUUUCCCCCUCCUUCCGCCCUGCUUCCCCCCUCCUUCUGUCAUGCUUCCCUCAUCCCUCUGGCCUGCUUCCCCCCUCCCUCCGCCCUGCUUCCGCCCUCCUUCUGCCAUGCUUCCCCCCUCCUUCCGCCCCGCUUCCCCCCUCCCUAUGCCCUGCUUCCCCACUCCUUCUGCCAUGCUUCCCCCACCCUCCGCCCUGCUUCCCCCCUCCCUAUGCCCUUCUUCCCCACUCCUUCUGCCAUGCUUCCCCCCUCCUUCUGCCAUGCUUCCCCCCUCCCUCUGCCAUGCUUCCCCCCUCCCUCUGCCAUGCUUCCCCACUCCUUCUGCCAUGCUUCCCCCCUCCCUCUGCCAUGCUUCCCCCCUCCUUCUGUCAUGCUUCCCUCAUCCCUCUGGCCUGCUUCCCCCCUCCCUCCGCCCUGCUUCCGCCCUCCUUCUGCCCCACUUCCCCCCUCCCCAUGUGCCUCUCCUCUCCCUCCCCAUGUGCCUCUCCUCUCCCUCCCAAUGUACCUUUCCACCCAUCGCUCAUCCCUUUGUUUCCACUUCAAGCAUGA